AUGGGAGAAGAGACAGUGGAUAUGAUGGUGGUGAGAGAGUUUGAUCCAAGUAAAGAUGGAGUUGGGGUUGAAGAAGUAGAGAGAAGAUGCGAAGUUGGUCCCAGCGGCAAGCUCUCUCUCUUCACCGACCUCUUAGGUGACCCAAUUUGCAGGGUCCGCAAUUCUCCUGUUUUCCUCAUGCUGGUGGCUGAGAUUGGUGAAGAGGUAGUGGGGAUGAUAAGAGGUUGCAUCAAAACCGUUACAUGUGGCAAAAAGCUUUCAAGAAAUGUGAAAAACAACUUCUCCUACAAUGCCAUCAAUGUCACUGACCUUUCCAAACCCGUCCCUGUUUACACGAAAGCAGCUUACAUUUUAGGCCUUCGUGUCUCUCCUUCCCACCGGAGGAUGGGCGUAGGCUUGAAAUUGGUACGUCAAAUGGAAGAUUGGUUUCGUCAAAACGGCGCUGAAUAUUCGUACAUAGCAACUGAAAACGACAACCACGCUUCCGUUAAGCUCUUCACCCACAAAUGUGGCUACUCCAAGUUUCGUACUGCUUCCGUCUUGGUCAACCCGGUCUUUGCUCACCGAGUCACCGUGUCAAACCGAGUCACGAUCAUCAAACUGAACCCGUACGACGCCGAGAUGCUGUACCGACGUCGUUUCGCCACUACUGAGUUUUUCCCUCGUGACAUUGACUCGGUUCUCAAAAACAAGCUUAAUUUGGGGACUUUUCUGGCUGUGCCACGUGACAGUUUAAAAUCUGGGUUGUGGGCCGGGUCGGAUAAAUUUUUGUCGGACCCGCCUGAGUCAUGGGCUGUGCUUAGCGUGUGGAAUUGUAAGGAUGUUUUUAGACUUGAGGUGCGUGGCGUGUCACGCGUGAAGCGGACGUUUGCGAAAACAACAAGGAUUGUCGACAAGGCGUUGCCGUUUUUGAGGUUGCCUUCGGUACCUGCGGUGUUUAGGCCUUUUGGGUUAUAUUUUAUGUACGGUUUGGGGGGUGAGGGACCAGUCGUGGCUAAGUUGAUGAAAGCAUUGUGUGGCCACGCGCACAACUUGGCGAAAGAGAAUGGGUGUGGGGUGGUGGCUACAGAGGUAGCAAAUCGCGAACCGCUCAAGUUAGGGAUACCACACUGGAAAAUGCUAUCGUGCGCAGAGGACUUGUGGUGCAUCAAAAGGCUCGGGGAGGACUAUAGUGACGGGGCUGUUGGUGACUGGACCAAAUCACCCCCUGGCAUGUCAAUUUUUGUUGACCCUAGAGAGUUCUAA